AUGCUAUAUGCUUGGUUGGAGCCUGUUGGCGGCGCUGCGCGCUGUGCGCUGACGCGCAGGCGCAGAGCGGCGGGGCGGGCUCUGCAGUCGCGGGCUUUGGGUGCGGCGCCGCCCAGAUGGAGCUGGUGCGCCGGGAGUCCCGCCUCCCGCUGCGGCCUGUCAGCGGUGACCGCGGCCGACGCCGGCACCGCCCGCAGCCCGGCCAUGGAUCUGUUGUCAUUCAAGGAUGUGUCCGUUGAUUUCUCUCCAGAGGAGCUGGAAUGCCUAGACCCUUCUCAGUGGAAUUUGUAUAGGGAUGUGAUGUUGGAGAACUACAGAAACCUUGUCUUUCUGGGUCUUGCUGUGUGUAAACCAUACCUGGUCACCAUUUUGGAACAAUCAAAGCAACCUUGGAAUGUUGAGAUUAAAGAGCCUAGGACCACAUAUCCAGCAAACAUUGGCAAAUACAGCAAUUCUGCAGAAGACUUUCAGCAGUCCUCUAAAGCAUCCAUCAUUCAGGGUGUCCAUUUUCAACAGAACCCUUACAAAUACAAAGAAUGUAGAAAAGCUUCUCUCAGUGACUCAUCCUCAAACCAACAUCAGUGGGUUGAUAAAGCAGAUAAGCCCUACAGAUGUAAAGAAUGUGGCAGACAUUUUAAAUCUCAUUCCUCCUUAACUAUGCACAAAGUACUUCACACUGGUGCAAAACUGUACAAAAGUGAAGAAGGUGGGAAAAGCUUCAAAACUGAUGGUAAUAUUAGACAACAUCAUUUACUUCAUACAGGAGAGAAAACAUACAAAUGUAAGGAAUGUGACAAAAGCUUCAAUAGGCCUAUAAAACUUAAAGAACAUCAUCUAAUUCAUACUGGAGAGAGACCAUACAAAUGCCAGGAAUGUGGCAAAGCUUUCAGGAAUAAAACAACCCUUAAUCGGCACUGUAUACUCCAUAGGGUAGAUAAUCCUUACAAAUGUGAAGAAUGUGGGAAAGCUUUCAGUACUAAUACACACCUUAAUCAGCAUGGUAUACUUCAUGCAGUAGAUAAUCCAUACAAAUGUCAGGAAUGUGGGAAAGCUUUCACAAGUAACACAAACCUUAGUCAGCAUUAUUUAAUUCAUACAGGGGAGAAACCAUACAAAUGUAGAGAAUGUGGCAAAGCUUUCAGAUCUCGUCCAAACCUUAUUACACAUGAAAAAAUUCAUACUGGACCAAAACCAUACAAGUGCAGUGAAUGUGACAAAACCUUUAAGUGUUCUGUUCACUUGAUUCAGCACUUGAAAAUUCAUGGAGACGGGCUUUCGUAUAUAUGCAACCAGUGUGGCAAACGCUUUAAGUAUUACUCACAGCUUAAUGUCCAUCAGAUCAUUCAUACUGGAGAGAGACCCUAUAUAUGUAAAGAAUGUGGCAGAGACUUUCGUCGUCCUUCAUGUCUUAGGAAACAUCAGAUGCUUCAUACUGGAGAGACGCCCUAUAGAUGUGAGGAAUGUGGCAAAGCCUGUUACUGUUUUUCCCAUCUUAAACGACAUCAGAGAAUCCAUUAUGAGGGACGCUACCAUUGUCAAGCAUGUGACAAAGCCUUUGAUAAUCGGUCAACCCUUCUUAUACAUCAGAAUGCUCAUACUGGAGAAAAACCAUAUAGUUGUAAGGAAUGUGGCAAAUCCUAUUAUGGUUCUAAACAGCUUAAAGUGCAUCAGAAAAUACAUACUGGAGAAAGACCCUAUGCAUGUAAAGAAUGUGGCAAAGCCUUUAAUAGUCGCUCAACCCUUAUUGUACACCAGAGAAUUCAUACUGGGGAGAAACCGUAUAGUUGUAAAGAAUGUGGACAAGCCUUUUACUGUUAUUCCCAAGCUUAUCGACACCAGAAGAUUCAUACUGGAGAGAGACCACAUGCAUGUAAAGAAUGUGGCAAAGGUUUCAUCACUUGCUGGCAUCUUAAGCAGCAUGAAAAGACUCAUAUUCAAGGGAAGCCCUAGCAGCAUGAAGAAGGGCAAAGUCUUCAAUAGUAGUUCAACCCCUUCUAAAGACCAGAUGAUUCACACAGGAGAAAACCCUUCUGAAUACAAGGAAUCUGGCAAAACCAUUAAAGAAUUGCACAGCCCUUGAAUCUAUCAGCCCACGAAGGAAACAAUACAAAUGUAAGGAUUGUGGACAACUUUAAGGAGUUACACAACAGUGACUGAACACCUACAAUCCAAGCAUAUGUCCCCUCCCCAGAACAGCCAGACGAUAUACUUGAAAUCCUUUUAUAUGGUACAGAAUGUAAUGAUUUUUUUGUCUUAUUUUUUAAAUUUUUAUUUAUUUGCAAGUAAGAGAAUGUGGAUGGGUGUACUAGGACCUCCAGCUGCUAUAACCAAACUCCAAAUGUAUGUGCCAUUCUGUGUAUCUGGUUUUACGUGUGUACUGGGGAACUGAACCUGAUUCAUUGGGUUUUUGCAGGCAAGUGCCUGAACUGCUGAGCUGUCAUCUCUUCAUCCCUGUAACAAAGGUUUUACUCAGACUUUAAUAUGCAUAAAACAAUUAGUAUAGGACAGCAACCCCAUCGCUCUAUGUGGAAUGCAAAAUGUUAGACUUAUUGAACAUCAUUAAUGUGUGUGAAAGAAAUAGAACACAAAUGUCAGUCUUUAAUUAGCUCUGAAAAGACAUAAAUUUGUUGUAAAUCCAAAUUUACUAAAUUUUGCAACUGUCAGAAACUACACAAAGCAAAUUCUCAGGUCAUUCUCUCUGAACAAUAAGUUAAUAGACUAUAGAAUGGAUUUUGAAAUACUCUGUAUUUUGUGUAAAUUAUUUUUAGUUAAAAGAGAAUGGUUGGAUUUUGAAAUACUCUUUUGUGUGAACUAUUUUUAGUUAAGCAAAAGAGAAUGGUUCUUGGGGCUGGAGAGAUGGCUUAGCAAUUAAGGUGCUUGUCUACGAAGCCUACAGACACAGGUUCUAUUCCCUAGUACCCCUAUAAGCCAG